GUUGUAUCUUGUCUAGGAGAGCACGCUGAUGAGAUGUGGGGAGAAGGGGGCGCGCCUUUAUGGUGUUCGUUAUUCUUUUGAGCGACCACCGGGUUACAGGAUUUUACAUCGACCAUAUGGAGAUAGUAGGGGGAGCAGAGUUCGCCUUGCUUAUUACCACUGCCCUGUUUAUUUUAGUGUUCAAGGAUAUGCUUUCCAUUCAACCCACUAGACGCGGCGAAAAGAGAAUGGCAAAGUACAGGGAGAAGCAUGAGAUGAUGGGGCGGGAGAGGCUGCGAGGGUUGGAAGAGCACAGGAGGAAGAUGAGUACAGUUGGUCGAUUUGAGUGGACAGUGCGUUGUGAAAUGUUUGAAGAGGAGGCAGAAUCCUGUUUUUUUAUUUUAGUAUGGAAUCCGAAUUCCCUCCACCCACAAAUACCUCAUUUUUUUCUUCUUUAUCAUGGUUGGAAUCCAGCGGCAAGGGAAAUUCUUAUUUUCUUUGGUGCCACGAAAAUCCCUUUCUUUCUUUCUAUUUUUUCUUCUUGUGCAUGGAUUUCACAAUAUGUUUUCUCUCUUUGUUCUUCAGCUGCUGCACUGGAUCCUCUUUCUGCACCGCGUCCUCUUUCAAAGUUUUUAUUUUUUAUUUUUUAUUUUUCAAACAUAUUAUAUUUAUAUUCUACUCUUCACUUUUCGCUUUUAUCAUCAAGAAAAUACAUACGGCCACGAAAAAAGCUCAAAUUCAAACAUAAAAUUCACGCUGCUUUCAUAUUUUCAUAUUUGCAAUCAGGCUUCGGUACAUUAUAAUGGAGGAUAGCGGUUACGACAACAAGCUCCGAUCAC